AUGUGGGCGAACUUGAUCAGGGUCGCCAAAGGGUGCUCCCCCUCCCCCCUUUUGCACUCUGUUGCCUCUGCUGCUGCCGUCGACUUCGUUGGCUCCGAGUCGGUCGGCGCUGCGUCUGCCCCUAGCGGGCGACGCCGCACCGGCAAGGGCAAGGGGGGCAAGGGCGCUAGAGGGGCUGGCGGGGGCGGUGGAGGUGGAGGUGGAGGAGGCGGAGGGAGUGGGGGUGGUGGUGGGAGUGGUGGCGGGGGUGGGGGCUUCGGUGGCGGCAGUGGCGGCGGAGGCGGCAACGGCGGUGGCGGUGGGAGCGGAGGAGGAGGCAAUGGCGGCAGUGGUGGAGGUGGCGGCGGCAGAGGUGGAGCUAGUCGGGGUGGCUCUGCGCAGCGGAGCGGCUCAGGUGGUGGUCAGCGCCAGCAGCAGCAGCGCACUCGUGAGACCCCCCUUGCUGCUAGAGCUGGAGGUACUACUGUUGCUGCUGGUCCUGGAGGUGCUCGUACUAGCGGUACUGGAGCUGCUGGGACUGCGGGUGCUGCUGGGGCUGCUGGAGUUAGUCCUGCUGGAGGUACUGCUGGAGCUGCUGGCGGUACUAGAGCUGACGGUCCUGCUGGAGUUGGUGCUGCUGGAGCUGCUGGAGCUGGAGCUGCUGGGGGUGUUGGCGUUGGUGGUGCUGCUGGUGCUCAUGCUUCUGAGGGUGCUGGAGUUGGCACUGUUGGAGCUGGAGGUGCUGCUGGCACUGAUGCUGCCGCUGGGGGUACUGGUGCUGUCCCUGCUAAUUCAAGAGGCGCUGCGCGGCCGAGGCCGUACUUCGUUCCGCUCCUUGAGCAGUCAUUCCAUUCCUCAUUUCUCACACCCUAUACGCUUCCAUACAUUCCCCCGCAUGCCACCAUUCCCCCCUUUGCACGCUUCCAUUCCCCGCCCCCUCUCACGCUUCCAUUACCUCCCCCGCAUGUUUCCAUUCCUCCCCAUUUCACGCUACCAUUCCCCCCCGCCCCCAUUAUGCUUCCAUUUCUUCCCCCGCAUGCCACCAUUCCUCCCCCCUCCUUUGCCCCCUUGCUUCCCCUCCUUUUCCCCCCUGCUUUCUCUCCUUUCCCCUCCUGCUUCCCCUGCUGCUUCCCCUCCUUUCCCCCCCUGCGUCCCCUCCUUUCCCCACCUGCUUCCCCUCUUUUCUCCCUCUCCUUUCCUUCAUUUUCCUCUCCUCCCUCCCUCUCCUCCCUUGUCCAAUCCCCUCCCUCCCCAACCCUAAACCCUCAUCCAAUCCCCUCCCUCCCCUCUCCUCACUCGUCCAAUCUCCUCCCCUCCCUCUCUCAUCUUCCCUAUCCCCCCGAAUCCUACUCUCCCCUUUUCCCCUACACCCCCUCUUCCUAUCUCCUCCUCCUCUUCGCCCUCUCCUAUGCCCUCGUUUACCCCCCUGCUAGCCUCUUGCUUCUCCCACGCAUCCCCCCUGUUCCCUCUCUGAUAGCCCCUUGUUUCCCCCCUGCUAGCCCCCUCUUCCCUCCCUUCUAG